AUGUUGACUACUCGAAAUGCAGCCCACGCGGCAGCCAACAGCAUCGCUGCCGCCCGGUCACUUCUCCAGCAACGGCGCGCUCGCACCGCAGAGGAGGAAAUCCUUGGGCUAACUCAUCCUGGACCAGCAAAGCCAAACAGACGACAGCGCCGGUCUGCCUCGACAAAAGCUAGCGAGCCUCCUGUACCCGCACCGGCCGAAGAACAAGAACAGAUCCAACAAGACCCCGGGCCCGAGGCCUCCAUCUCAAGCAAAGCCACCGUCCGGCCGGCCGACUCAAAUGAUCAGCCUCAAGCAGUCGAUCCUUCCUCUCAGCCCCAGCCCCAAAUACAAUCGUGGGGUCCAGUCCGUAACGACCCCGUACCCAAUCCUUUUGCGUCCAUUGCCAAGCCUACCAAAAGCCUUUUUGCUUCUGGCGUCCCGACCACCAAGCCCGAAAUCAAACCAUUAGAGGGAAGCCAAUUCAAAACCUCAAAAUUGACAGAAUGCACCUACCAUUAG